AUGCCUCCGAGUAGCGGUGCAAACCGUAUGGCCCAGUACGCCAGGAAUGCGUCCCUAGAUUCGGGUCUUCCAAACAGAAACAACAUCCAGUCAAAUCAGCAGCGUUCCGACGUGCCUCAACUCCUUUCCCAGCCCACCCACCAGUCAAUCACUGAGUCCGGCAAGCUGCCCGCUCCCAAACCACUCGCCCCUACCCGAGCUUUAGCCUCACACAUACGCCAACCGAACCAGUCGAGCCUGCCUCAACAGACAUUUCCCGCACCGAUGCAGGCUUCUCUGAAUCUGCCCGAAAGCUCUUCGCCGAGACAACAGCGACAGCGUGCACAUUCUCGGAGCAGCGAUGCGACUGGCUUCUGGCCAGAAUCCCAUAUCGAUAGUCAGUUCGGCUCGCCCACUACCCAUCGCUCUGAACGAUACGAUGUUGGCAUCACCAAUCACACUCGCUCCCCGCCGCCCCCGACUCCCACCAGAACUGCUUUGGGAAACAUGCAACGGUCACUAGAUAGUGAUGUCCCAUAUAUCAUUGGUAAAGACGGCUCGAUGCGGCUGCUUGGCAACGGCCAGGGUCAAGGCCUACCUGCGACACACAAUGACAUGCCUCCACGAAUGGGCCCACAAGUCCAAGACGCCUACCCAACCGAGCCCAUUUACGAUUCACCCGUGCGACGCGCACCAAAGGUCGCUCUCCAUGCCACAACCGUAAGAAGGUCAUACGAGCCAGCCGUUCCUGUGGACGACGAAGAAGUCUUCUCCGACCCUAAAAGCCACAAGGUCCCUCAUUCUCAACCAAACCUGAGGCGUAUCGUCAGAAAAGACAAUGCUCAGGAUUCUCGUAGACCAGCGCUCUUUGAGGAAGACGAAGAGAUUGAAGGCAGCCUUGCCAGUGACUUUCUCGCUAGUGAGGAUGACCACGGCACUCCUCGAGCCAAUUAUAAGAUGGCACAAAGGGGGCCGGCUCUUCAGGAGAGCCCAUUGCCGGCCACUGCUCAUGGCCAUCGGGACAAAUCCCGGAAGCGAGGCCGUGAGAGUUGCGACUAUGCGGACGACGAGCUCAAGGGGAUGUCGUAUUCUCAACUGCGCGAGCAGCCUUUCGACGAUGAUCCAGCCAGAACGUCGCUUCGUCCGAUGGGACCGCUGACUGGCGACAGCCUCCCUGUCAAAAUCGAACAUUUCAGAGGUCAGCGUGAAGCUGACCAGAGGGAGUUCUUUAGGCAGAUGACAGUCAGCGACUGGGAGCGCUCUGGAGACUGGUUUCUCGAGCAGUUUGGCCAGGUCGCUCAGAAGUUGAAGGAAGCACGCAAGAGUAAGCGGGACAUGGUUGACCGCUUUGAGACUGAGAUAGCAGGCAGGGAGGAGGCCGUUCGAGUUCGGGCCGAGAAUAUCAGCAAGAAGCUUGAGACAAUCAAGCACAAGGGCGAGGAUAUGCUUGCUGAUAAGGAGGUUUGA